AUGUUCAGUAGAUCGCAUAGAUCGCACAGCAAGACUCAGGGUUUCGCCAACGAUCAGCACCGAAGGACGCGCGACAUUCAUCGGACGGUCUUGGGCGAGCUAGGCUUUGGCGGCUCCGAUUCGUCGACUGCUCGGUCUGGUGGCGGCAACACCUGGGGAACAGACUUCGACCGCCCGAGUUACAAUUACGCUAACAGCGUCGCUUCUGCGAGGUCCUACGGGGCAGCGUCAUACCCGGAGAAGAGUCUCUCAAUUGCCUCGGGGACUCUCCGUGCACCGUCUCAUCGCUCCUCGGCCUCGGCCAGCUCAAACAUAUUACGCGACGGUAGUUCGAGAUCAGUUACGGCACCGGGCAUCAUGAAUUCAGACAGGAGCCGGGCGCGCCGGGAGCGUACGUUUGUUGGGAGCGAGUGCGCCGUGUGCGAAGAGCCGCUGGAGCACACGUUACGCGGCGAGAGGAUAUUGCAGUUUUCCUGUUCACAUGUGUCACACGAAGCCUGCUUCUACGAGUUCAUUCGUGAGUUCGAGUCCCAGUACUGUCCGACAUGUAAUGCGCCGCUACAUCUGGAUACAAGUCGUGGGGGAAAUGUGCUGGAUAUAGAGAAAAUCAGCAACAUGGUGCGCGCGGCGUCGUCGACCGAUUCCAGGUCACAAGGGACACCGACUCCAACAGCUCAUCACUGGGAAGAACAACCUGCCCGGCCGCACAGCCGGGGCUCAGGUGCGCGGGCGGGCGCCAUGGGCCCCGGCAUCGCGGUCAGGGGCGGCGGGCGCGAUAUCCGGGAGCCGCCGUCAUCAGAUCAUCGCUAUAAUCCGCAGAGGCAUGCUCGAAGCGACAGCGAGGCUACGGGCGUAGCAUCAUCGGGCGGCUAUCCCGAGACAACACAGAGCGGACCAGCGCGCCGACACGAUUACGACGUCCAGGCCAUGGAGACAUCCCUGGCCAGCCCUCGAGCUGUAACACGGAAUCCCAUUCCCGCUCCCACCGUCACAGUCCGCUCCGAGUUCCCGACCAUCAGCAAAUCGCGGGAGCAACAGACACUCACCUGUCUAGUUACGGUUGAGGUGCCCGACAAUAAGUGGCGACCGGAUCCUGAAGACCUGCAGACAGCGAUACCGCCCCCAGCACCGCCGAGGACCGAAGAGACCUUUGCUCGAGCCCCGUCUCCCACCCGCAGCGCGCCCCGCUUUUACCCUUACGAAUCGCCCGAGGUCCUGGCAGAGAUGACCGAAAAUCUGCGUAACCGGGUUGACAACUGGCACGGCCUGGAUUUUAGCCGAUUCGGAAAACUUCGUCUUUAUGGCACGCUCCGGGUGGGGAAAGAUAAGGUGUCAUGGCAGGAGCUGGAAUGCUUCCUCUUCGCUGAGAUGCUCAUCUGCGUCAAGGAGAAGAAGAACGUACAGCCGGCUCAGGGGCAGUGGGACGAUGAUUCUGUGCCGCGCAAAACGACUCGGUGCACUCUUAAAGGGUCCAUCCUCAUCAAGAAGCAUCUAAACGAGGUUACCGAGACGGGAAAUAUCGACGAAAACAUCCUGACGCUUAGCCUAUCGGUUGCCGAGCUGCCCCAGUUUCAUCUCCGCUUCGAAAACCGCAACCAGCUCAAGCUGUGGCAACAAGCUCUGCUCGAUCUUAACGCAGUCGAGACCUCACCCGUGCGCAGCCCUGACUACGACCGAGGGGAAUUUUCCGAGACGGACGAGGACGACUGGCAGCGAACAUCUGGGUCUGGCCGGCCGCAAAGGGUGUCCUCGGUGGCUUCAUCUUGGGGUGGUGCCAAGUCCGCGACGACCGCUCCAACUGAGUAUACCAACUUUGCAAGGAGCCCGUUGCCACCGUCCGUCCACGUGCCUGUCGAUGUCGUGGUUGUGGUUCCUGUAUCGGCGUCCAUGCAGGGCGUCAAGAUUAAUUUGGUCCGUGAUGCGCUCCGUUUCAUGGUGCACGCUCUUGGCGAGCGCGACCGCAUGGGGCUGGUUACCUUUGGUUCUUCCGGCGGCGGCGUCCCUAUUGUUGGUAUGACAACAAAGGCAUGGCCCGGUUGGAGUAACGUCCUGAACUCGAUCAAGCCCGUGGGCCAGAAGAGCCACCGGGCUGAUGUUGUUGAAGGCGCCAAUGUGGCCAUGGACCUGCUCAUGGGUCGCAAGUACAACAACCCCAUUGCUACAAUCAUGAUAAUCAGCGAUGCGUCAACAGUCGAUGCCGACAGCGUUGAUUUUGUGGUGUCACGAGCAGAAGCGGCCAAAAUCACCAUUCACUCCUUCGGCCUGGGCAUGACCCACAAGCCAGACACCAUGAUCGAGCUGUCGACGAGAACAAAGGCGUCGUACACGUACGUCAAGGACUGGAUGAUGCUACGAGAGUGUCUAGCCGGAUGUCUAGGCGCCAUGCAAACACUGUCGCACCAGAAUGUCAAGCUCAAGCUCAAGCUGCCUGAAGGGUCGCCAGCCAAGUUUCAUAAGAUCAGUGGCGCGCUCCAGAUCACGAAACGCGCAACUGGCCGAGACGCAGAAGCGUCUCUCGGGGACCUGCGUUUUGGCGACAAGCGCGACAUUCUGGUGCAGCUCGUCAUUAUGCCCGACAAUGCCUCGCAGGAGCAGCUCCCGCAGGAUGCUUGGGAUAAUAUUGUGUCAGGAUUGGAGGCUUUGGGAGGCCCCGUAGACCAGGACGAGCAGCGGACAGCCUCGGUGGAGGAAGUGCCCCUGAUCCAAGCCGAGUUGAUCUGGGGCGACAUCCUGCGCGAUGGGACAUCACAAUACACGCGUCCAAGCCUCUUGGCCAUCACCAUGCUCCCAGCAGUCUCCAACUCAAAGAAGCCGUGGGGCAAUGCGCCGCCUAUUCCACCCCACCCGCACAUUGUGCAGCGCCGGAUGGAGCUGCUGACAUCGGACAUGUUGACCCGCGCGCUCACGCUGGUCAGCAGAGGUCAGCACGACCGUGCUCAUACCCUCCUAAAUGAGACGAGAUCUAUCUUAAAGGGUCUCGGAAAGGGCGGUUUGCCUCCGGUACCUCCCCCAACGUCCGGAAAGUCUCAGCCGUCGACCCCUCACCCGGCGACUGACGGCUCGCCCCUUAUGGCCGGGACGCCCGAUCGUAAGAACUCGCCGUCGCCGACGGGAGCAAACCCGCCCCCGAGCGCCGGCUUCUCGGCGCAGCUACUGCCUCGCAGCAGGUCAAACGACGGGCUAGGUCUCGGCGGCAUGAGCACGACGGCGGGCAUCGACGCCAACACGGUAGCGGCGCUCGACGCCGAACUCGAGUCAAGUCUCGAGUGGAUCAAUCACCCAGCCGUGUUUGGGCGCGACAGCCGCAAGGCGGUGCUGCAGGCGAUUGGCGUCAUCAGCUCCCAGCGGGCAUUCACUUUCCGCACGCCCAUCGAGGCUCUGUGGGCGGGGCGGGUAAGCGGCGUCAAGCGGCUGACGGACAAGAGCCGGGAGUGGAGGGAAGAAGGGGGCGGCGAGGGCGGGAUUACGGAGGAGGCGUAA